AUGAAGCGGGAGAUUGCCCUCCUGCUCACGUGGCUUGUCCCAUCCCUGGCCAGCUCUUGCCCAUCAUUCCACUUCCAGGCUGGUGAGAAGACGUGCGAUUCGUCCAAAUGGGUCUGUCGCAUUGUGUGCUCCCAGGACAUGCUGCCAAAUGCGAAGUCCGCAAAUUGGUGUGUGCUGAAGCACUGUGGACGGCACAAGAACAUCGUGGCGGGCAUGAUGGCCGCCGGACAAGAUUUUUGUUCGAAGGACCUGUGCUUCAUCCAGGAGUCUGAAGCUGCGGGCUUGCUGCAGAAACCUACCCGGGAAGGCAAGAUCCUGGCGGCCCAGGUGAACACCACAAAGCGUGGGGGGUGCCUCACGGAAGAUGACGUGUGCUCGAGCUUCUGUGAGGCGUUGGGGGCCAAAGGGGACAACCAAUGCCUGUCCAAGUGCGGUGACUGCGUGGAUGUCAUCGUGGAUGCUUUGGGCGAGUACUGCGACGCUUGCGCAGGGGGCGACGACACGACCACCGAGGAGCCCACGACCACCGAAGAGCCCACGACCACCGAGAAGCCAACCACCACAGAGAAGCAGUACAAAACCACGACCACCGAGAAGGCAACCACCACCGUGAAGCAGUAA